AUGAUAGAGUCGGAUCCCGAACUGGGCAGUUCAUCAACGACGGCAAUCCCCGAGCCGCCGACAGACGCUACCCCAUCUCCCCUUGCAGCGCGGCUACCACCCACCAUACUCUCGCAGGUCUUUGAGCUCUUGCACGACGAUUGCGAGCGCGACGGCUCUUUAGAAUGGCUACAGGCGUCGAGUCAUGUAUGUCAGCACUGGCGCGCACAUGCUUUGGGCCACCAGUCGCUAUGGACGUCUCUAAACCCGAUGAUCCUAUCCCGAGGACUGGUCGAUGAUUUCCUGGAACGCUCUGAGGACGCCCCGCUCGAGGUUGACGUACACGCGCUGCCCAACGGCAAUGAUCGUGAACUACGACAAGCAUAUAGACGGGUCCUGACGCGCGAGCUUCAUCGCGUACGGACGCUCAUGUACGCGCAUACUGAUGCGGAGAGGCAGUUCGUUCCUGCCGCCGAAGAGCUCGCUCUACUACUCAAAGAACCCGCGCCGCUUCUACACACGCUCAGACUUCCGGCCCUCAAACGUUCGAGGUUACUCUUCAGGGAGGCAGGCGUGCUGCUGAACUUCCUUACGAAUCACGCACCUGCUUUACAAAGGUUGGAACUUACACGAUUUCCCCCAUCGUGUUUCCCGUGGGGUUCUCCGCCUCCCGCGAUCAGGACACUCGUUCUGUGCAUCGAUAACCCCAUCGAAGGCGUGUUGUCGGUGUCGUUCACCCAGGUACUGGACGGACUCCGCGCAAUGCCGAAUCUGCGGACUCUUUCGCUUUCGGGUAUGGUCCCAAGACGAACGGUCGACGAUAACGCACAGGUUACCGUGAAUCUACCGCAUCUCCAGAAACUGCGCCUCACAGGCUCGGGGGAACAAUAUGCGCAACUGUGGUGUGCUCUCAAGCUGCAUCCCGAGUGCGCUGCACAGAUCGAGAUCAUUCACUCCGCCGACUUCCCUGAGAUCCUACCCAACGCGCUCAAGAAGCACUUCAUAGAGUGCGACAUCUCCUCCUUCCAAGAACUACACGUCAAGCGUAACGCGUCAAAUGGAGUUGUCUACGACCUCUACCCACUCAGUCGGCCGCCCAAUGAAUACGCGUCUCCCUCGCAUCCGUACACCCACCCAUAUCUCAGUCUUUUUGUCUCAUGGGAGAACAAGAUGAAGACACCUCAUGCACCUGCCGUGCAGAUUUUCGACGUGACGCCUCUUCGCAAUGUGAAGCGCAUCACCAUAGAGGCCGUGGAUGCCGCGCGCACCGACCCGGAACGCAUGGCGCGACUGGACCAACGCGUGGGCGCGGUCGAAGAUCUAGUCCUCGUGGCCUAUCGUCCGUCGCAGCUAUCGUCAAUGUUUCUCCUGCUGGGAAGAAGCCUGUUGUCGACACCAAGCGAAGAAGGAGACGACGUCUGCAUGCCUCACUUGCGGACUAUAACCUUGAAGCAGUGCCACUUCGACCGAGAGGUGGCGGGUCCAGCACUACGAUAUACCUUGGAGCGACGGGCACAGGAAUGCGUCCCCAAGCUCGACUCGUUGAGUUUCGUGGGUUGUGGCCUGGAAAUGGGAAGAGUAGAUGAGCUUGAGGUAGAGCUUGUCGAGUCGGGGCUUGUAAAGCGGAUUCUGAGUGACGACGAGGCCGGGCGCACGUCAGCAGUGACAUCUUGA